AUGGGCAUCCGAAUAACGAGCUGGAAUGUCAAUGGCAUUCGUAACCCUUUCGCGUACCAGCCAUGGCGCGACAAACGAACUUUCGAGGCCAUGUUCGACAUUCUAGAGGCCGAUAUCGUGGUGUUCCAAGAGACCAAGAUCCAAAGAAAGGACUUGCGGGACGACAUGGUCUUGGUACCGGGUUGGGACAAUUACUGGAGUCUCCCUAAGCACAAGAAAGGAUACUCCGGAGUCGUGGUUUACACUCGCAACGCGACCUGUGCACCGAUCAGAGCCGAAGAAGGCAUCACCGGUAUUCUAACUCGUCCCAAUUCCGCCACCAGUUUCCGAGACCUGCCACCGGAAGAGCAAAUUGGAGGGUAUCCAAAUGCCGAACAGUUGGCGGAGGUGGAAUUUGACCUCGCCACACUCGAUUCCGAGGGUCGAUGUGUCAUUCUCGAAUUUCCUGCGUUUGUCCUCAUUGGAACUUACUGUCCUGCCGAACGAGACGAAACCCGAACGCACUUCCGGACGAGCUUUCUGCAUGUCCUGGAUGCGAGAAUACGAAAUCUAGUAAGGAUGGGCAAGAGAGUGGUGUGGACCGGCGACCUCAACAUCUCAAGAGAGGAGAUAGACACCGCGGCGGCGGAAGAAAGCAUGAGAAAGAACGGUGUCGAUGCUGUGGAGUGGAUAUCUACACCAGCAAGGAGAAUGCUCAAUCAGCUGCUGGUGGGUGGCAAGGUUCACGGUGCAAGGGACGAAGGACGGGAGACCCCGAUCUUAUGGGACCUUUGUCGUGCCUUCAACGAAGGGCGUAGAGGCAUGUACACAUGUUGGGAGACCAAGGUCAAUGCUCGACCGGGAAACUACGGCGCGAGGAUUGACUAUGUCAUCUGCAGCCACGAUAUGAAAGACUGGUUCUACGAUGCCAAUAUUCAAGAAGGCCUCAUGGGUUCCGACCAUUGCCCCGUGUUUGCUGUCCUCAGUGACAGUAUCAUUGUUGAUGGAGACACGCGUCACAUCCUGGAUAUGCUUAACCCCCCCGGUAUGUUCCAGAAUGGGAUCCGCAAGCUGGAGUGGUCCAACAAGAACUUACUGCCUAUGUCUGGCAAGCUGAUCCAGGAAUUUGACAAGCGACGGAGCAUUCGGGAUAUGUUUACCAAGAAGCCCUCGUUACCGAAAGCUGAGAGCACUGCAACGGAUAUCAAUGACAGUUCUUCGCAACCCCCGCCACCUCCUCUCCUAACUGCGACUGUCGAAUUUACUUCGAAGGACGACGCUGGCUGGUCAUCAAGCACUUCGAAUGCUACCGCCGCCCCCAUACCGGCCAACGGGAAGCGCUCCGCGAAAUCUGAUACGCUCCCAGCAGCCAAGAAAAGCAGAUCGCAGUCUACUCAGACUAGCACUGGGAAAGGACAACAGAGUCUGCGAGGAUUCUUUGCUACCAGGGGCCCGGCCCCGGCGAGUGCAGUGGAUGACUUGGCCGCGACUGACCCAGAACUUUCCGAAGACGCAAUAUCGACCGAAAAUUCUGCACCUGGCGUGACCGUGAUCUCGCCCUCAAGAACGAUUGCCUCCAUUGAAGACGAAGCUGCCAACGUUGCCUCCAAGCAGUCGUGGGGUAAACUAUUUUCGAAGCCGAUUGCGCCAAAGUGCGAGCACGGCGAGCCUUGCAAAACAAUGCUUACAAAAAAACCGGGAGUGAACUGCGGCCGCUCAUUCUGGAUGUGCAAUCGGCCACUCGGUCCAAGUGGAAAACAGGAGAGAGGAACUCAAUGGAGAUGCAAUACAUUCAUCUGGGCCAGUGAUUGGGACGCGCGCGAGCCGGGCUGA